AUGAGCUACGCCUAUUCUCGCAGCACGGGUGCUUCGUCCCUCCCUUCUUAUAAAAGUCCUUCUCCGCAAUCGCCGACCUUCAUAGACCAGGCCUGGGGCCGGCUUCCAGGCGCAAAACAAUGGGUGGAGGAUGGGGUGGCCGCAAUCGGGUCUCGAAGAUCCCGCGAGCGUGGUGAUGCUCAGAGCUCCGCGACUAGGAUCUUCAGGCGGAUUUUCACAGUCGCCAAUGCUGUGAUAUUGGUCUGGGUAUGGACGCUGUGGUGGGGAGAGCGUACGGUCUUUCAAGAGCAUAUCGAUGCAUGUGUUUGGGAUAAUUGGGAGCAUUGGUCUCAACAUGCCACCCCGCAUCAUAUCGCUUUUGUCGCCGAUCCACAGCUCGUUGAUCCCCACACCUACCCCGGUCGUCCGUGGCCACUGUCGACCCUCACCGUCAAAUAUACCGAUCAAUAUAUGCGCCGCUCCUUUGCAUCCAUACAAGAAAGUUUGGUACCUGAUUCGGUCCUUUUUUUGGGAGAUCUGUUUGAUGGCGGUAGAGAAUGGGCUACAAGGACGACGACCAGCCCCGAAGGUCGCUACAAAAAGAUCGACGAUACCUUUUGGAGGAAGGAAUACCGGCGAUUCGUGAAGAUCUUCAUAGACCCCUGGCUGAAGCAAGAUAUUGCCCCGGUCGAUGGCCGAGGUCGCAAAAUGAUCGCCAGCCUACCAGGAAACCACGAUUUAGGAUUUGGCAAUGGAGUUCUUGAACCCGUGCGUGAUCGCUUUCAGAGCUACUUCGGCGACAGCAAUCGCGUUGACGUGAUUGGAAACCAUACCUUUGUCUCGAUCGAUACUGUCUCACUCAGCGCAAUGGAUCAACCGGACCCUUUAACGGGUAGUUCAACGCCCAACCCAACCGACGACCCAAACUUCCGCCCGAUCUGGAAAGACGCAGACGAAUUUCUGGAUAAGAUGCCUACCAACAAGGCCAGGGCGGAGAUGGAAGAACUCAUGAUGCUGCAGAACAAGUCCGACACUAUCAACGUCAAGUUUGACCAUCAAGUUGUUGAUGCUACCGAAAGCUCUAUUUUCCACAAGCCCAACCCCAAGUCAAAGGGAUUUCCUACCAUUCUUCUCACCCAUGUGCCGCUAUAUCGCCAACCGGCUACUCCCUGCGGUCCCCUCCGGGAACGCCACCCUCCGUCCGCGCCAAAUCUCGAACAAGACGAACCGAAUUCGUUAAGUAUCUCAGGGGGCUAUCAAUACCAAAACGUAUUGACGCCGAAGAUCUCAACCGAGCUCGUCUCAAAGGCCGGACCAAAUGUUGUCCAAGUCUACUCCGGCGACGACCACGACUACUGCGAAGUCAUCCACCGCGAAUUCAACGGCUCCCCAAAUGAAAUCACAGUCAAAAGUCUAUCCUGGGCAAUGGGCGUCCGACGACCCGGCUUCGUCCUAACAAGUCUCUGGAACCCAAUCGACCCUAUAACCGGCGAAUCUAUGCAAAACGCCGCCCCCCCUCACAAUUCAAAACCACCUCUGCAUUCUCCCCGACCAACUCGGCAUAUUCAUUCACUAUCUCUGCGUCCUGCUCGUCAGCAUCAUCAUUCUUUCCCUCAAUUCCUUCUACCACAUCAAAUUUUCACCCGAGGACCCCUUCGCCUCAGCCUCAGCCUCCAUCCUCCCCCCUCUCUGAACGUCGCUCCCACUCCCCGCGACACCAGUACCAACCCUCCGGUACGUCUAGUUCCACAUUAUCCUCCCAAGGUCUCGCCAGCCGCAAUGGAAUCCGCUACGCGGGUGGUCCUGCUGCCCCCGGCGCGAAAAAUCCACCAGACGCUCAUCGCGCUCUAG